AUGCCACAAUUAGACACAUCCACAUGAUUUAUUACAAUCCUAUCCAUGAUCUUAACACUAUUUAUUAUAUUUCAGUUAAAAGUCUCAAAACACAACUAUCCUGAGUUUCCUGAAUUAAAAACAACCCCACUAUCAAAAAAACCUAUGCCUUGAGAAGAAAAAUGAACGAAAAUCUGUUCGCCUCUUUUACUACCCCAAUGAUAA